GUGGUAGAUAGCGUCACAUAUACUUUUCCACUUUUAGUUCAGCCGGAAAAAUAUUUCAGCUAAUUCACUUACGAGCGUCAAAACUAAUUGUAUAAUCUUGUGAAUUUCCACAGAAGACAUAUUUAAAGAAAAAAAAAAAAGAAAAAUAGUUUUUAGAAUGAUCAAGUACUCUCAACGUUAAAACAGAUUAAUAAAAAAUAGCAAGCAUCCUUAAAAAAAUAAACGAUGGAAAAACAUAAAGAAUCAUCUUUAGAGUCUACUGAGGAUAUUAAAAUAAUUGAAGAGUCAUCUUUAAUAACUUCAAACAAUAAUUAUAUCCCUCAAAAGACGUUGACUAAACCGUGUUCGAAAGAACCAUUAUGCAUAAGAUUAAACGAUUCGAUUAUUGAUGAUCUUGAUUGCAAGUUACAAAAGGUAGACAAAAAAAUGGAAGAACUUUCCCUAAUACCAGUUUUCAGACGUAUGAUCUGCUUGGCCAUAAAAUUCGAGUGCGUUGCUGAAGUACUGAGCAUAGUAUCAAUGGAAACAGAGUUAACAGUAUUGUAUCGCAUGACUCAUCGUGGAAAGGAACUGGACAAAGUGUUGACUCAAUUUCGCGUGGUAGAAUCAGAUCACCUAUCCUUGCUGAACUGCUACAAAGCAUGGGAAGCUUCUUUCUUUAAUAAGAUCUGGUGCAAACGUGUCAGUCUCGAUUUUACGAUCAUGCAAAAAGUUCUUAAUUUUCGUCAGCAACUCGAGCAAGCUUUGAUUGAACAAAACAUAAAAAUUUCAAGCUGUGGGAUUGAGUGGCUGAGUUUGUUGAAAUGUAUUUCAUGGACUUAUAUCUACAAAGCAGCUAAGAUCGUUAACAAAAUCAGUGGCGAAUAUGCUAGCUGCCAAGCUGGUAACUCGAGAUUUAUCCACCCAUCUUCAGCAGUUAACUAUUUGGGGUUCAAACCUACUUAUCUGGUUUAUCAUCAACUUGUUGCUACAGAAAAAACUCUAUUUAUGCGAGGUGUCACAAUAAUUGACGCCGAAUGGUGCCCUAAUCCAGAAAAAAUGUUUUCCAAGCCGAAAAUUUCGGCUAAUAUCAGUAACGUAUCAGUUUUACGUGACAAACUUUAGGUAUUUAGUAAAUUAUACAAAUUAGUUAAUCGUCAUAGUCAAUUAUCGAUUAAUUUUUGUAAAUUUCAAGGCUUGUAAUAAUUAAAAAUUAAUUAAAUUCUUGUAUAUACUUUCAGCGAAUAUUUUAGUAAAGUAAUCAAUCAGUUUGUGAUGAUGAAUGAAAUAUUUGUUAUUGUUAAUUAAAAUAUCUUCUAUUAAACAAAAGUUGGUUGUUCUUAAUUGAUUAAAGCUUAAGUUUGAAAAUUCAUUCAUUAGAAGUAUACAAUAAAAAUAUUUUUUGUAGAAAAUAAAAUU